CCCUCUCUCUCUCACGAUCCUGUUGGAUCAUAUUGGCUUGCAGAUUUUGUCUUCAGAGCGUUGUCUUAACGAAGACAACAUUUAGUAGGGUUUUAGAUGAAACGGGUGAAGGAAUUGUGGAACUGAUUGGUCCAAACGUGAUGGACAGAGUCUCCUUUUCCAACUUCUUUCCCCAAAUGAGAGAGACAACACUCAUCUCACGCAACACCACGCCACUGUUCCAUUACCUCUGAAACUUUCUCCUUCGAGAUCUGAUUCUUCUCCUCUCAGAUUUUUGCCAUUAGAUUUUUUUUUUGUUUCCCCCUUGUUUGGAUCGUGAGAAAGUUCAUUGCUUUUGCUACAGAUCCGAGAAAGUCGCGAAAGCUUCUUACUUUCCGUUUCUGGCUUCUGAUUUUUCUUCGUCUUGGAGCUCUCUCUCUAUUCUCUGUCCGAUCUGAGGUUUUUGUCGAUUCUUUUGUUCUUGGAAAAUUUUGUCUGUUCUAUUUUCUCAGGAAGAUCCAAGCUUUGAUUUGUCCAAUCUUUGCAGAAAUUCCAAAAAUAAAAGUAAACUAGGAGAUGGGUAAGAGCUGGUUCACUGCUGUGAAGAAGGCCUUAAGUCCAGAAGCGAAAGGGAAAAAGCAAGAUCAGAAACCACGAAAGGUGAAGAAAUGGUUUGGCAAGAACAAGAAGUUGGACACUAUAACAUCUAACCAAGAAGAUGAACUGCCUCAUGCUGUUCCAUCACCAAAACGACAGCCCGAGUUUGCUCCGAUGGCUGUGGAAGAUGUGAAACUUGCCGAGGUUAAGGAUGAGCAGACAAGAUACGCUUACUCAGCGGCUCUUGCUACCGCUGUUGCUGCAGAGGCGGCUGUUGCAGCCGCUCAAGCUGCUGCUGAGGUUGUCCGUCUCACUGCUUCUUCUGCCCGUUUUCCUGGGAAGCCGAAAGAAGAGAUCGCUGCCAUCAAGAUUCAGACAGUAUUUAGAGGCUACAUGGCAAGAAGAGGGUUGCGUGCCUUGAGGGGACUGGUGAGGUUAAAAUCCAUAAUCCAGGGGCAGUCAGUGAGACGUCAAGCAACUUCAAUGUUGCUAUGCAUGCAGACACUUGCUCGAGUUCAGUAUCAGAUCCGGGAGAGGAGGCUACGACUUUCAGAUGAUAAGCAGGCUCAUAUAAAACAGCUCCAACAUCAGAAACAUGAGAAAGAUUUUGAGAAGGUUGGAGACAAUUGGGAUGACAGCGCUCUGUCUAAAGAGCAAAUCGAUGCCAACACGUUAAACAAGCAUGCAGCCGCCAUGAGAAGAGAACGAGCCCUUGCCUAUUCAUUCUCUCAUCAGAAAACAUGGAAGAAUGCUUCCAAAUUUGGGCACCUAACGUUCAUGGACCCAAGCAACCCUCACUGGGGUUGGAGCUGGUUAGAACAGUGGAUGGCUGCAAGACCAUUGGACAGCAAUGACAAAAGCUCUGUUAAAAGCUCUGCCAGCCAUGCUUUAUCUGAGAUCACUCCCCGAACAAGAAAUCCUUCACCAAAGGGACACAAACCAAUUCAAAGGAGGAGGGCAUCUGGUGAGGAAGACACAAGGAGCAUCAUGAGCAUCCAAUCUGAGCAGCCAUGCCGUCACCGUAGGCAUAGCAUUUGCGGCUCAGCUAGAGACGAUGAGAGCAUCACCAGCUGCUCCCAGUCUCAGACAGUUCCCAGCUACAUGGCCCCUACACGAGCCGCCAUGGCUCGAGCCCGGUUGUCAAGCCUUAGCCCUCUUGGCUCAGACAAGGCUAAGAAACGACUCUCUUUCUCGGGCUCUCCUAUGGCGGUAAGACGGCUUUCAGGGCCUCCAAAGCUAGAGAGCAAUGGCAGCAAAUGACAUUGUAGAGCAAGGAGCUAUAGAGGAGAAGCGUAUAGCUGUUUUCUGACAUCUGUGUUUAGGCCAAACUGAAGAGAAGAUUAUGUUGUCUUGUGUUGUGUUUGUCUGUUUGUUUAUAUCUUUGUCUUGAUUGUUUUUUAGAGCAAUUAACGAUUUGUUUGUAGUGUGUUUGUUAUUUGAUUGUUUGAUUGAUGAUUUUUUAACA